AUGACCGCCGUCGCUGGAACGCAGCUUCCGCACGCAGCUUCCGCACGCAGCUUCCGCACGCAGCUUCCGCACGCAGCUUCCGCACGCAGCUUCCGCACGCAGCUUCCGCACGCAGCUUCCGCACGCAGCUUCCGCACGCAGCUUCCGCACGCAGCUUCCGCACGCAGCUUCCGCACGCAGCUUCCGCACGCAGCUUCCGCACGCAGCUUCCGCACUCAGCUUCCGCACUCAGCUUCCGCACGCAGCUUCCGCACGCAGCUUCCGCACGCAGCUUCCGCACGCACCAGCCGCACGCACCAGCCGCAGGGGCGCCCAACGGAAAGAGAAGCAGCUCCACCAGGCCUCAGUGUCCUAGUCCCGGGCCCAGAGAGAAGCAGCUCCACCAGGCCUCAGUGUCCUAAUCCCGGGCCCAGAGAGAAGCAGCUCCACCAGGCCUCAGUGUCCCUGUCCCGGGCCCAGAGAGAAGCAGCUCCACCAGGCCUCAGUGUCCCUGUCCCGGGCCCAGAGAGAAGCAGCUCCACCAGGCCUCAGUGUCCUAGUCCCGGGCUGGAAAAGGCCUGCACAGUGUCCCAGUCCUGGCAUUGUCCCAGCAGUGUCCUUCCGUCUCCUCUGGCCGCUGUGGACAGAAGCUGCAGACCAGUCCAGUCCAGACCAGAGCGAGCGGAGGUGCACUGCAAAACUCAAUCCUAA